AUGGUCAAAGCUACUUCCGCUGCUUCAACGUCGGCGGCCCUUUACUCUCUGGCCGUUGUCCUCUCCCCGGCUUCCGAGGGACCUGAGGAUGUCAAGGAGAAAGCCCACCAUCUCAAGAAUGGCUUUCAAAACCCCUGGGACUCAUGGAAAUCGCCGUCAGUGGGUGACGCUCUUCACAUGUGGGGAGGAAUCAUAACGGGGAAAAUCAAAUUCCCGGAUGUCACGCCUCCUACUGUACCUGUUCAGCAGCCCAAGUUUCUGCCAGACCGAGAAACCUCUAGUCUACGGGCGACAUGGCUUGGCCAUGCUUGUUACUACGUCGAAUUCCCCAAUGGCCUACGAGUACUGUUCGACCCCGUAUUUGAGGACCGUUGCUCUCCCUUCUCAUUCAUGGGCCCAAAGCGCUACACUGAGAUGCCAUGCCGCAUCGAGGACAUCCCAUCCAUUGAUGCGGUUGUAAUAUCCCACAACCAUUACGAUCAUCUUUCUCAUCCAACCGUCAAGGAAAUCUCGCGGCUCCAUCCCAAUUGCCACUUCUUUGCACCCCUGGGCAAUAAAGCAUGGUUCAGCAGCAUCGGGAUUGACAAAAUGACUGAACUGGAUUGGUGGGAAGAGCGAGACAUUGUUCUUUCACCCUCGCAUGAACCAGUCACGGAGGCCGGUGCUGCCGGCGAAGGCCAGAAUUCAAAUCGAUCUGAUAUCACGACUCGCAUCAGCUGCUUGCCUUCGCAGCAUACAAGCAAUCGAGGUGUAUUUGAUCGAUCAAAGACCCUGUGGGCGUCGUGGGGCAUCGAAGCUGGAGGUCGGAAGUUGUGGUUUGCAGGAGACACAGGAUAUCGGCAUGUGCCAGAGCUUCCUGCUGGCGCCGAUGACCAUGCUCCGGAGUACACUUUCCCCUCAUGUCCCGCAUUUAAACAAAUUGGUCGAUUCCGGGGGCCUUUCGACCUCGGGUUGAUCCCGAUUGGCGCCUACUCACCCAGAUGGUUCAUGAGCCCUAUGCAUGCAGACCCUGAUGAUGCAGUACAAAUUUUCCGGGAUACCAACUGCAAGAGAGCCAUGGCUAUUCACUGGGGAACUUGGGUUUUGACAGAUGAAGAUGUCCUUGAACCGCCCAAGAAAUUAAAGGAAGCACUCACUAAGUAUGGGUUUCCAGAGGUCGGGGCGUUUGACGUUUGUGACAUCGGCGAAAGCCGGGAAUUCUAA